GUUUCCUAGUUUCUAUAUCCAACUUCAUCUGCAGUCCAGUCAUGUCCAAUCCACCUUUGUUUCGUGACCCAUGGGCGAAGAGGGAAGCGUGGCGGAAACACCCUGUGUUCACGAAUCGUGCCAUGUUUUCUAGCAUGUUUCCAGGGCUUGGCAUCGCACUAGUGGCAUUUACUACGUAUGUGGUGGUUGAUAAUUUCUACUCCAAAGCGCAGCCAGGGGCACAGCAGAAGCACUGAGUUAGUUUGGGUGAUGUUGAUGGAAAGGAAUUUACUGGUGCUCCUUGCAUCCUAUCAUCUAGUUGAGUCCGUGCUCAGUAGCAUAACGUUUACCACAUUGCACACAAAACGUCGCAUCUUUGCGCCAUUGUCAUUGCCACGGAGCAGGGUUCAUCUGCCAAUUCGUGCAUUCUGUUCCCCCUGUUAGACCUACUUCUAUAAGCAAUGGCAAUAGCUACUCUUACGCAAGCUACUGUUCCAAAAGCAAUCAGGUUGAACGUUGAGCGCUCGAGUCAUUUGUGUUGCCGAUUGUACUUUCCUAAGGGUACCAUUUUUCGUUACUUGCGGUCACUC